CCCUGAACCCCUGGAGCUCCACCCUGUGCCUCCUCUGCAAGCUGCCCUGAGAAGUCCACCAGGACCCACAGAAAGAGAGACCAUGGCAGCGCCGAAUCUAGCAAGCGUUGACUGGAAACGGAAAGAGAACACCCUGAGCCACCACACCGACCAGUACAACACCCAGGAGCUGGUGGUGCGGAGGGGGCAGCCCUUUGCCGUGACGCUCACCUUCCAAGGCGGGACAAGGCCGUCGGAGAACCUCACGCUCAUUGCAGCCACGGGGUUGACCCCUGCUCUUAAAGCCAAGACACGGGUGGCCUUCGCCGUGACCCGGACUCCACGCAGCGGCUCUUGGAGCGCGAUCCAGACCUCCUCUGACGCCAGCUCGGUGACCAUCUCCAUCUCGAGUCCGCCUAACGCCCUCAUUGGGCGCUACACCCUCAGUGUGACAGCCGGCUCCGGGAGCAGCGCCCCCGCCACCAGUCUGGGCACGAUGACCAUGCUCUUCAAUCCUUGGCUGACAGGGGAUGACGUGUUCAUGCCAAACAACGCGGAGCGGGAGGAAUACGUCCUCUCCGAGUUCGGUGUGGUCUUCAUGGGCAGUGCAAACCGCAUCGUCCAGACCGGAUGGAACUUCGGCCAGUUUCAAGAUGACAUCUUGAAUAUCUGCCUGACCCUCCUGGACCGGAGCAGAAGCUUCAUACAGGACGCCAACAGAGACAUGACUCACCGGAAUGACCCCAAGCACGUGGGCCGCGUGCUGAGUGCCAUGGUCAACAGCAAUGACGACAGCGGAGUGCUGCAGGGGAACUGGAGCGGGAACUACCGCGGGGGGCAGAACCCCAGCAGCUGGACCGGGAGCGUGGACAUCCUCCGGCAGUGGAAGGCCUCCGGCUACAAGGCGGUCAAGUACGGGCAGUGCUGGGUCUUUGCCGGCGUGCUGACCACCGUCCUCCGGUGCCUGGGAAUCCCCACACGCAUGAUCACAAACUUCAACUCUGCCCACGACACAGACAGAAGCCUCACCGUGGAUGUCUACUACGAUUCCUCUGGGAACCCUCUGAACCUGGGAGCAGACAGCAUCUGGAACUUCCACGUGUGGAACGAGAGCUGGUUUGUUCGACGUGACAUUGGCCCUGCCUACAACGGGUGGCAGAUCUUAGACGCGACUCCGCAGGAGAGAAGUGCAGGCCUGUUCCAGUGCGGUCCGGCUUCUCUGACAGCCAUCAAAGAGGGAGACGUGGACCUGCGGUUCGACAGCCCCUUCGUCUUUGCCGAGGUCAAUGCGGACCGCGUCACCUGGACGUACGACACGUCCACAACAGAAGCCAAGAGGCUUUACACGGAGACCAAGUCAAUCGGCCAGUUCACAAGCACGAAGGCUGUGGGCAGCUAUGCCCGUGAGGACGUCACUGGCAAUUACAAAUACACAGAAGGCUCUGCCAAAGAAAGGACGGUCUUUGAGAAAGCUCGUGAAAAGCUGAACCUGAACAGGAUGAUGCCCACAGCGGCCGAUCUGAUCCCCAACGUUUCGGGGAAGUUCACGUUGGAGCGCACCCCGGAGGUGGGCAAAGACGUCUGCUUGGCUCUGACGCUCACCAACCACGCCUCCGAGCCAAGGACAGUGGAGACACACAUGGCCGCGUGGACCAUCGUCUACACGGGGAAGCCAGUCCACGAGGUCUGGAAGAACACCCAGUCCAUGACCCUGGGCCCCAAAGAAGAGAAAACCGUCCCGAUCAACAUCUCCUACGCGGAGUACCAGCAGCACCUGACAACGGACAACAUGAUCCACACCACGGCCCUGUGCCACGUGGCGAAGGAGGGGGAGGCCCUGGUGGAGCGCGUGGUCACCCUGGACAACCCCGGCCUCACCAUCAGGGUGCUGGGCCAGGCAAAGGUGAACCAGCCGGUGCCGGUGGAGGUGCUGUUCACGAACCCUCUCGCCCAGGAGGUCAAGGGCUGCGUGCUGCUGGCGGAGGGCAGCGACUUGCUGGCGAAAAAGAUCCGGCUGGAAGCCCCUCCGCUGGGGGCCAAGCAGGUGGCCACCCUCCAGUUCACCGUGACCCCCACCAGGGCCGGGACCAGGCAGCUGCUCGUCAAUUUCUCCUGCGACAGAUUUCAGGACGUCAAAGCCUUCGAGACGGUGCCGGUGGCCCCAUGAAUCCAAAGGCCGCAGCGGCUGGGCCGCCGGGGAGGAGGAGGCGGCCGUGGCUGUGGCGCCCGACGUCCGAAGGCUCGGCUUGUGAGCAUUGGCCUUGCAAUACACAUGGUCUUUU